UCUAUGACAUAAUGAACAUGAAAUUCUUUUUUUAUGUCUUAUUUUCACUUAUGAUUUUGAAUAAUCACUAUUUUGUUCAUUGUAAAAUUAAACCAUCUGAAUACAAAAUAUAUGUUAUUAAUGUGUUGAAUCAUCUUUGUAAUCAGCAAGGAUGGAAAUUAAUGCCACAUAUAUUGGUUAAUACUGGAAAUUUACGUGGAUAUCCAAUACAUACAGUUUUAAAUAAUGAAACGACAAGAAAAGAUUACAUACAAGUAUUGCAUCUAAUAAUUUAUUCAAUCAAUUAUAGGUAUACUGAAAUACUUUGGUACUUUAAUACAAUGAUUACGUAUAUUAUAGAUAAAUGCAAUUUUUAUUUAAAAGAAUUAAACACGACAAAUUUUAAUAAUUGUACUAUUCUACUGUAUGAUACAGUAAAAAAUUCUGCAAAUAUGUUUAGCAAACUGUUUAAUGCCAUGAUGUUCAUAAGCCAAAUAAAUUUAAAAAACAUUAAAAUUAAUAUGGAAUCUCCAUCAACAAUAAUAGACUAUAUUAAACCAUUUAAUGAAUUUACUAAUUUAAAAUUGAAUAAAAAUUCAUCUGAACUAUUGGGAUCUAGUGAUCAUGAUAUUUUACAAGAGUUUAAAAAUGUAAUAAGCUUUUUUAAAAAUAUUAAAGAGAUCAACAUUAUACAGAAACUUAUAAAUGGUCUUAGUAUGUUUUUAUUUAUAAAUAAAAAUCAUGUUCCACAAUAUUUGCAAAUAAUGUAUGAAGAAGAAGCUUUGAAUAAAUUUAAAAAGUCUAACCUUGAUGAUAGCAUUAUUAAAAAUUUACUGAUAAAUUUUUAUGAUCAAACGAUAAAAAAUGAUUAUGAAAAUAUUGGCUUUGUUGAACUAUUGGAUCCUAACAAAACCAAGUUCAGAACUCCUGAUGAAGAUAUUGUUAUAUUUUUAAGCUCAAUUAUUAAAAAAAAUGGUUGGAACAAUCUAAAUCACAUAACUAUUAAAGAAAAAGAUAAUUGUAUAAAAAUAAGUGACAUAGUAAGCUAUGUAUCUCUAAAUAACUAUAUCAUUAUACGUAAAUAUUUGUCAAAAUUAAUGCGUUGCAGAUACACUGAAAUACUCCAUAAUUUUGAUGACAUGUUGAACUCGCUAAUAUUUAUUUGUAAAGUUGAGCAAAAUAAUAAUAAUACAAUUUCAUUUAUUCAUUGCGUGAUUCAAAUUUAUGAUAUAAUUAAUAGAUCUACUAUUAUGUUUGAUCGAUUAUCUUUUGCAUUGAGUACUAUAAGAAGAGCAACCAAUCAUUUUAGAACAAAAAAUCAUCAAUUGGUUGUUGAAAAAUUAGUUGAUGAUCUUUCUAAAUUCUUUAAAGGAUUAUUGAUGAUUUACCAUUCUCAAAUAGUUUUUAUUGAUUUAAACGAUACUUAUGAUAUAGUCAUGGCAAGUAACUAUUUUAAUACAAUUUCAAAUUUUCGUUCCGUAGUUAUAUUUCCAAAUUUAUUAACAUUAGAUCAUUACAAUGCAAAAGAUUGCUGGAUAGAAAAAAACCUUUCGGUUUUGGACGAUAAUAUUAUUUUGGAAAGAGGUGUAAAUCUAAUAUCAUCCAGUGAACUAAUUGAACUCAUAUGUGCAAAACUUAAUCGUUUUUAUGAAAAUGUCAUCUUAAAUGAUUGUGAAAAUCUUGGUUUUUAAUAAAUUAUAUGCUAAUUA